AUGGCCGGCUUCCCCUCCCUCCAGCCCGCGUUCACAGUCCGCGUCAACAUUGAUGCACCGAUGCAAGUUGGGGGUCAAUCAGGCCCCGGGCUGGUCAUCGUGCCCAUGGUUAGUGGAACGGUAAAGAGUGAAAGGGGUUUUGAACCAAAGCUAGACGGGGAACUACAUGGCGUAGGAUAUGACUACAUCCAUAACGAUACGAAUGGAGGCAACAUGCGAUUAGACGUCCGCUCGCAAGUCAAAACCGACGAUGGCACUAUUCUGGCCAUGUACUACAAAGGCACCGUUGCUCUCACACCCGGCGUCGUCGCUAUGUUGUCUGGUAGCCCCGAUGCAAAGACCACGGACUACGGUGACUCGUUUGUAACGUUUUCGUUUGAGACGGGGAGUGAUAAGUAUAAGGAUUUGCAAAAUGGGACAUAUGUUGCUGCGGGGCACUUUGUUAAAGAGGGCGAUGGGGUGAUUGUUGAGUACAAGGUUAGUAAGGCUAUUGUCUGA